AUUAUCAAAAGAGAGGCAGCACAGCAGACACUCAUUCCUCUCUUCUUCUUCUUCUUCUCUUGCACUUUCCCUCUGAUUCCUUCUGCAUUGAAAUUUUCUCGGGAAAAUCUUCCCAUUCAUGACCUCUCUGCAUCUUUCAUCUACUACAACCUCAAAUGCUCCAUUCUGAAUCACAACUACUCCCUCCAUCCAGCAAUGUGGGCGCACUUAGCCAAACGAACUUUUCAAAGGAACUUCAAGUUACCCUCUUAUUCCCCUUCAACUAGAUUUUCUCAGCACUCGAAUUUUCUCGAGAAAAUACUGCAACCCCGGAAUCAAUCGACAUGCCCAGUUUCUGGUUCUGCCCAAGUUGGGGUCUUUACAUCGAUUAACGAACUGGGUCGAUCAAAUUUCUCUCUUUUCGAAUACCCUUUUGGUUUAAAUUCGAGUUUGAAGCUAGCUAGAGGCUACGCAAGCGUUGCAGAAGCUAUUGUGUCGUCGUCGGAUACUGAAGAGGACUGUUCUGGUGGUGCCAAUGAAGUGAAGCAAAUGGUGAAGAAGGAAGUGAAGGGAAAGCCUCUAUUGGACCGGAAGGCCAAAUACAAGGACACAAUGCUUAGGAAGAGGCAGGUGAAGAUGGAGACAGAGGCAUGGGAAGAGGCUGCAAAAGAAUAUCAAGAGUUGCUGGAGGAUAUAUGUGAGCAGAAGCUUGUGCCUAAUUUGCCUUACAUGAAGUCUCUGUUCCUUGGUUGGUUUGAGCCUCUAAAGAGUGCCAUUGUCGCGGAGCAGGAGGUUUGCAAGAAAAGUCAUCGGAAGAUGACACAUGCUCCUUAUUUUAACGAUUUGCCUGCAGACAAGAUGGCUGUGAUUACAAUGCAUAAGUUGAUGGGAUUGUUGAUGACCAAUCAUAAUGGGAUAGGCUGUGCUCGAGUGAUUCAUGCUGCACUUCAAAUAGGGGAAGCCAUUGAAAAUGAGGCAAGAAUAUACAGAUAUAUGGGGAUGACAAAGAAGAAAAGGAAGAAGAAUGGAACAACCACUGAAGAGCCUGAUGGUGAAUUUUAUCAUGCAGCCAUAGAAAAUGGUAAACUUUCUGAUGAGAAAGAGAAAGAGGAAAAGGUUAAACAGAAGAAUAAGGUUCACAAAAAAGUUUCUAGUUUGAUAAAACAGCAGAAGAUGCAACAAGUGAUGGGAAUAAUUAAGGGAUUAGAUGAUUGGAAGCCUUGGGGACAAGAAGCUAGAGCAAAGGUUGGCUGCCGCGUGAUGCAACUAUUAAUAGAAACAGCCUACAUACAAUCACCUGUCAGUCAAUUGGGAGGUUCUCCACCAGAUAUACGCCCUGCAUUUAAGCAUACUUUUAAAACAGCUAUGGCUGAUUCACAGAAGGACAUUAGGAGAUAUGGUAUCAUUGAAUGUGACCCUUUGGUGACGAAAGGGUUAGAAAAGUCUGCCAAAAACAUGGUCAUCCCAUACUUGCCAAUGUUGGUGCCACCUAAUAACUGGACAAGAUACGACAAAGGCGCAUACUUGUUUCUACCAUCUUAUGUUAUGAGAACCCAUGGAGCAAAGCAGCAAUGUGAAGCAGUUAAAAGGGCUCCCUAUAAUCAACUGGAACCUAUUUUUGAGGCCCUGGAUAGUCUAGGCAAUACCAAAUGGAGGAUAAACCAAAGGUUGCUUGAUGUGAUUAGCCAGAUAUGGACUAGUGGAGGACGGCUUGCUGACCUGGUCGAUCGUGAUGAUGUUCCCCUUCCUGAGGAACCAAACACAGAAGAUGAAGAAGAAAUCCGAAAAUGGAAAAGGCAAGUCAAAACUAUCAUGAAGGAGAACAAUGAAAGGCAUUCACAACGAUGUGAAAUAGAACUUAAACUAGCGGUUGCACGGAAGAUGAAGGAAGAAAAAGGCUUCUACUAUCCCCACAAUGUUGAUUUUCGAGGGCGUGCUUAUCCCAUGCAUCCAUAUCUGAACCACCUUGGUUCUGAUUUAUGUCGAGGCAUACUUGAAUUUGCAGAGGGACGCCCUCUAGGAAAGUCAGGAUUGCGCUGGCUGAAAAUUCAUCUGGCAAAUUUGUAUGCUGGUGGUGUGGACAAGCUAUGUUAUGAGAGCCGAGUAGCAUUUACUGAGAACCACCUGGAUGAUGUAUUUGAUUCUGCAGACAGGCCCCUUGAAGGAAGGCGCUGGUGGUUGGAAGCCGAGGAUCCUCUUCAGUGCUUGGCAGCAUGCAUCAAUCUCUCUGAAGCAUUGAGAAGCCCCACUCCUGAGACUACCAUUUCACAUGUGCCUGUCCAUAUGGAUGGUUCGUGCAAUGGGUUACAACACUAUGCAGCCCUCGGGAGGGAUAAGUUGGGAGCUGCUGCAGUCAAUCUUGUUCGUGGAGACCGGCCUGCAGAUGUUUACUCAGGAAUUGCUUCGAGAGUGCUUGAAAUCAUGAGAAAAGAUGCAGAGAAAGAUCCCGAAACUAAUUCAAAUGCAUUGCGUGCUAGACUUCUGCUCAACCAGGUAGAUCGCAAAUUGGUGAAGCAGACAGUGAUGACGUCAGUCUAUGGUGUGACUUAUGUCGGGGCCCGUGAUCAGAUCAAGAGGAGGCUAAAGGAGCGCUGUGCUAUCGAGGAUGACUCAGAGCUGUUUUCUGCUUCUUGCUAUGCAGCAAAAACCACUCUUACUGCCUUAGAAGAGAUGUUUGAGGCUGCAAGAAGUAUCAUGAGUUGGCUUGCUGAUUGUGCAAAGGUGAUAGCUUCAACUAACGAACCAGUGCGGUGGACCACUCCCAUUGGGCUUCCUGCGGUACAACCUUACAGACAAAUAGGAAGAUCUAUUAUAAAAACUUCCCUUCAGGUAUUGUCAUUGCGACGGGAGACUGACAAGGUCUUAGUUAAAAGGCAGAGUACUGCUUUCCCCCCAAACUUUGUUCACUCUCUUGACGGUUCUCACAUGAUGAUGACUGCAGUCGCUUGUAAAAAAGCAGGACUGGAUUUUGCAGGGGUACAUGAUUCAUAUUGGACACAUGCAUGUGAUGUUGAUGAAAUGAACAGGAUACUAAGGGAAAAGUUUGUUGAACUCUAUGAGGCUCCAAUACUGGAAAAUUUGUUGGAGAGCUUUCAGAAGUCUUUUCCCAAGUUGAACUUUCCUCCCUUACCAGAGCGGGGAGACUUCGAUCUUCGAGAGGUUCUGAAUUCUCAGUAUUUUUUCAACUAGGCUUGAGGAACUCAAGUUGCUUGUUCCACCAUUACCUGUGGAGUCCAGUUCAAUCUAACAGAAUUUGUACAUAUCUGCUAGUACGGAGUUGCAAAGGUGUCAACUGUCAAGGACUAACUCGAAAAAGAAAGAUAGAAAAAAGAAUGCAAAUAUAGAUUUGAGUGACAAUAUUUAUGUCCUGCAGGAAUCCAGAACCUGUAUGCAUUAUAAGUUUGAGCAGCAGUUAUCCCCUCCUUUACUGUGAAGGAUAUGAAGAAUAAGGUGAUUUAACUUGGAUGAGUUGCAAAACAGGGGAAGUUGCCAAUAAGGAUUUAAAGCAUGCAAUCUGUUUGUAUACGGUAGUUGUAAAGAAGAAUAAGAAAGCAUUGAAGUUUUGUUUCCAUUUUAAGUAAAGGUGAUUAGAUAGAAGCAUAUGUAUCAUUUUGUUAUUCUUACUA